CGUCUUUUGGUACCUUUACAUCGUACUCGUUUAUUCUGUCAUUCCCCACAUUUCGGAGUAACCAUAUCGGGAAACUGAUUCACGAUAAACAAUACUGACUAUAUCAAUUGCAAGUGUCGUUAAUUUAAAUAGAUGACUACUAUCUGGUGGAAAAGAGACAGGGGCUAGUGAAAAAAAAAAUUCAAAAUGAUAAAUUUGAAUUGCAGUAAAAAAGUUUAGGCGAAGAACUAGUUUGAGGCAGGGACUGUUGUUUUAAAAUAAAUACUUGAAGAUGUGGAUGUACGUCUGCUUGCAAUAAUGUCUGACCGGUCAGCGUAAAACGACGAGAAGCCGCGAGUGCUUGCCUGCCACCACUUUUAACUCCAGUGUUUUUUGUUUUGUGAGAAGCCGCUUGACUCCUUGUACGUCUCCCUUUUUUCUUCAUCCUUUCGUGCACUUACUAUUAUUAUAUAUCUACUUUUAUAUAAAAGUACACACAUACAUAUUACAUACAUACAUACAUACAUACAUACAUAUAUUCAUAUAUAUAUACAGCAUAAACUUAUUCCUGAAUCUCGUUUUGUUUUCGUGCAUAAAAAAUAAUAAAUUUUUACCCUGAUACUUACUCGUGCCGGUUCUUUCUGUUCAGUGUGCAGAUUGGUGUCUUCUUUUCUACUGCGGCCUUCGUGUUGAAGGAACAAAGGGACGAAGAGCGUGUAUCGAUCGACAAACCUCUACUAUGGAUUACUAUUGAGAACGAGGCCUCAGCUGAAUAAUUGCUCCACUCAUUCAGGGUGAUUUUAAAGAAGCUGCAAGAGAGAAAAUUUAAAUACUUUCUGCUUAAUAAAGAAGAAAGAAAGUACACAUAAGGAUUAAGAAAAGCAAAAUAAACAAGUUAACACAAUUGAGGAUCUCUAUAAUGGUGUGGCGCCACGAAUCACGCAGGAUGCACAGAACGAGGCGAUGAGAGGCCUGAAUGGAGGCCGAGGAAGCCGCAGAGCCCCCAGGGGCUAACAUCAUCCUCUCGAAACUGUCAGAGCUCGGUACAACUGAGAUAAGACGCCCAACCAACACCAUCUCCACCACAGCCAUCACCGACAGAACUCCAUUACUCCGCCAGUACUCUUUUAUCCAGCUUAUUUUUUUUUAAACUACACAUUACCACGUACUUUCUAACGGGUAAAAUGUCACCUGGGUUGUCGAGACUCUUUAUUUUUAUUGACACUGUCCAGUAAAAAAAUUUAACUAAUUAUUUAUUGAAAAAAAAAAAAGUAAUAAAGUGUAGUGACGAAAAUGGCUGCGCCGGUGAUUGAGAAGAAGCGAUUUUUCUGCCGGGAAUGGGCAUUUAUGAAGCUAUCCCACUGUCUUGAGCAGCGUCCGGCGUCUAAAACCUGCGGCGCGUUGAUCGUCGGUGGUCCAGGAAGUGGUAAAACGGCACUGUGUGCUGAGUUAGCUUGGCCCUCGACGACCGCGAGCUCCCGACACCAAAGAUCACUAAACAGAAGACUUUUGGCGAGACAUUUUUGCCAAGCGCGCAGUGAAGCUUCACUGUCACCAGCGCAAUUCGUGCGUUCGCUGGUGGCACAAAUUCUCCAGGCCAGCACUGAUGGAAUACACUUGUCCUCGCCCACGUCUCCGACAGCGAGCACUACCUCUGUGCCGUCUACAUCCAAAGAAGCCGUCGCCGAGGCUUAUGCCGAGCGUCUGCGUACAGACCCGGACAUUCAUGCCGCAUUGCAACAUGAUGUCUUAGACCGGGAUCCCGACGAUGCAUUCAAAAAAGCUCUUUUGUUUCCUCUCCUGGAAGUUGAGCCUCCAAAAAAUUGUCUGUUUCUUCUGGUGGAUUCUAUUGACGAAGGCCAAGUAUUAAACCCCCCGCAAACAGGCACCCGGGACUCGCGACGUGAAAAUGACAAUGUGAGUCGUACAAUCGCCGAGCUGCUGGCAAAUCAUCAUCACCUGUUUCCACAAUGGCUGCUGCUAGUCUGCACCGCCAGACGUCAGAGCAAAACAAUCUCCAGGAUGUUUACGGGUUUUAGGAAAAUAUCUCUUGACGAUUUACGAAAGAGCCAAGUGGUUCGCGAUGUCCAGCAAUAUAUACUCGCUAGAUUGGAUCAAGAGGACGCUCUGAGACAGCACAUAAGCCGCGACACUGCUGAAAUGCUCAACCAGCUGCACAUAAAGAGCAACGGGUGCUUUCUGUACCUGGAGAAAGUGCUAGACGGGGUCGCUGAAAACUUUAUCGUCUUACGGGAAGUCCGGGAAAUUCCUGGAACACUAAACGGUCUUUACUUGUGGCUGUGCCAGAGAUUGUUUAGCAGAAAACAAUUCGCCAAGGUACAGCCGUUGCUCAACGUAAUACUAGCUGCUAAAUUGCCAAUAACUCAAGAUAUUUUAUACAAGUGUGUUAAAACCGCGCACACAACAAUAACCAUUGAAGACUUUAACCGUAGGCUUCAUCUAUUGAGGAGGGUCAUAUCCGUUUCGCGUGCCGGUGCGUUGAUGCUCUUUCAUCACAGCUUCGCUGAAUGGCUGUUGGAUGUUAAACACUGUACCCAGAAGUAUUUGUGUUCAGCUACCGAGGGACAUGCGAUGCUCUCUGCUUACUAUACACUCAGAAGUCCCGAGCUUAACCCCGACGAGAUUUGCGUGCUCGGACAACAUCUACAGCGUGUUAUUAAUAAUAUCAGUGGUAAUAAUUGCACCCUGGAUGCGCAUACACUUCAAGUGCUCUGGAUGAUCGGCAGCAGAGCGCCUAUUGAACAGUGUUAUCUUGACAGUCCAGAGUGUAUUAUGUGGCCGAGACAGGAUACUAAAUUGCUGAGGCUGCUCGUUGAUGCUGGUGCCAAGCCAUCGGAAAAAAUAAUUGAGGAUGAGCCUAUCAAGGAUCCUGUUUCUUCUAGUCAGGUCUCGCAAGAUGUGAGUCCAGUUGAUGAAUCACCUGGUGAACCAUUGACAGAAUUACUGGGCGAAAACGGCGACAUAAACCAAGCUGAUUCAUGUGGUCGCACAGUACUUCACACUCUAGCAGCCGAUGGGAACGCAUCACUUCUAGAGCUGGCGCUUGCAGCUUGUCCUCAAGCGAAGCUGGAGGCCACGGACCGCCACGGACAGACUCCCUUGAAUCUAGCAGCUAGACAUGGAUAUGCAGACGUCGUAAGAGUCCUUUUGGCGGCCGGAGCCAGUGCUGAUCACGCAGACUGCGACGGCUGGACCGCGUUGAGAGCAGCUGCCUGGGGCGGACACACCCAGGUUGUUGAAAUGCUAUUGGAACACGGGGCGAUGGUGGAUUGUGCGGACUGGGAUCAACGGACGGCUCUGCGUGCAGCUGCGUGGGGUGGACACGAAGAUAUUGUGAAAGCUUUGCUCCAACACGGCGCGGAUGUCAAUAGAACUGACGACGAGGGUAGGACGGCUUUGAUAGCGGCUGCUUAUAUGGGCCACAGCGAGAUCGUUGAACAUUUGCUCGACUACGGAGCCAAAAUUGACCACGCUGACAGUGACGGCAGGACGGCGCUCAGCGUCGCGGCGCUCUGUGUGCCCUCCAAUCACGGCUACGCAAAGGUGGUUACAAUUCUCCUGGAACGUGGAGCCGCCGUUGACCACCAGGACAAAGACGGAAUGACGCCAUUGUUAGUGGCGGCAUUCGAGGGUCACCGAGAUGUUUGCGAGCUGCUGCUCGAGUACGAGGCGGAUGUUGAUCAUUGCGACGCUACAGGAAGAACGCCCUUGUGGGCGGCCGCCAGCAUGGGACAUGGAAGCGUUGUCGCGUUGCUAUUGUUCUGGGGAUGCUACGUCGACAGUAUUGAUAACGAGGGCAGAACUGUAUUGAGCGUUGCCGCCGCGCAAGGUGGCACAGAUGUUGUUAAGCAGCUUUUGGAUCGAGGCCUGGAUGAACAACAUCGAGAUAAUUCUGGAUGGACACCGCUGCACUACGCCGCUUUUGAAGGUCAUCUGGACGUAUGCGAAGCACUGCUAGAGGCCGGCGCCAAAGUCGACGAAGCUGAUAAUGAUGGCAAGGGUGCACUCAUGCUUGCUGCACAAGAGGGACACACUAGUUUAGUCGAGAGGUUGCUGGAACAUCACGCAGCUCCCAUCGAUCAGCACGCCCACGAUGGCAAGACCGCACUGAGGCUCGCAGCCCUCGAAGGUCAUUACGAGACAGUACGGGUGCUUUUAAAACACAAUGCCGAUAUGAAUGCCAAGGACGCGGACGGCAGAAGUACUCUGUAUAUUCUUGCUUUGGAAAAUCGAUUGGCGAUGGCUAAAUUUUUGCUCGAGAACGCCAACCCAGAUGUCGAGAGCCGAGAUUCUGAAGGCAGAACUGCUCUCCACGUCAGCGCGUGGCAAGGACACGAGGAUAUGGUUGCUCUGCUUCUGACAGCCGGCAAUGCCAGUGUUAAUGCUUGUGAUAAUGAAAAUCGUACUCCUCUACAUUCAGCCGCAUGGCAAGGACACGCCGCUAUUGUUAGAUUGUUACUGGAGCACGGUGCGACGCCAGACCACACGUGUAACCAGGGUGCUACUGCUCUAGGCAUCGCUGCACAAGAGGGUCACGAGCACUGUGUUAGAGCACUACUCAAUCAUGGCGCGGAUCCUAAUCAUUCCGAUCAUUGUGGCAGAAAUGCGAUAAAAGUUGCCGCGAAAAGUGGCCACGAUACUGUCGUCAGACUUUUGGAGGAACAUUCAGCAAAUCAACGAAGCUUGAGACCCGCUAUGAACGGAGGCGGAAGCAGCAGCGCGACAUCAGUGACAUCAAACUCCACAGCAGAAACAAAGCCGUCAUCAGCGAUUUUAAAUCCUUUGUCAACCCAGUACAGCCCUGCAGAAUCUCCUGACUCGACAAAAAGACGUAGUUGUGUGUCACUGGGCAACAACUCAAGCAACAGCAAAUCUAGCAGCAAUUUAACUGGUAGCACAAAGAGCGAUCAAGGGAAAUUCAGCCAAAAUCCAAUGGUCAAUCAAGUAAUCAAAGCUCCGCUGUCAUUUACACAACAGCUGCAGCAGUGCUCAAGAGGCGCAAAAAGUCGUCCGCUAAGCAAACUACUGAGUCCGCUAAAAAGCGAACCGCAGAGUCCGAUAUACGCAUCCCCGCCUCACUCGCCGUUGAGCGACAGUCUUAUUCCAUAUUCUCCUACAAACACUAGUCCGCCGAGCGCACAAACAGCCGCCAGUGUGAUCCAGAGUCAACUUGGUGUCUCAUUGCUUACCGGAAAUCAAAGCAUACAGUACAAACCACACGGCGGUUUCAACAAAACCCCAGUAAUUUACGAACCCAUUGAAAUAAAGACCGAGCUUAUUGACAGGAAUGACAGCUCAAAACCUUUUGAACUCACCAACGAAAUGCUCGGACUCAAGGUCAACAAAGAGAAAAAGGCCAAUGGGUACGACGAUAAGCGCAACUCCGCGGAUCCACAUUUUACUCGCGACACCCACAUGAGAAUUAUUUUGGGCAACAGCGGGGCUGGUGUCGGGCGCAAUGUUAAGCACACCGAUCACGUUACACCGAGCCCGAAUCCGAAACCCAAACGCAAUGGGUUGGUGUCGAAUCCAGCGAUGCGGCUUGUCGCGGGUGUACGAAAUGGUUUUGAAAACGCGACCAACAGAAAUAAACCCAUCACUACACGAGUCAAUGGGUUCCAGUGGAAAGCUGAAGCACGCAAGGAAACUCCGUUGUAAAAAUUUGAAAUUUAAAAAUACCAACUACGAAAAAUAAAUAAAAUAAACAAGCCAAUUAAUUAAUUAAAAUAAAAAUUUGUUAUAAAUACAAUUAUAUAAAUUAUUGAUACUCAAUUUUAUUGAGACACUAAAGUUUAUAACAAUUAUUUAGGAAUAAAAGAUAAUAUUUAAUAGUUUAAAUUAAUGUGAAAGUCAAUAUAUGAUGUUGGUUUUUAAAUUAUUAUCAUUUUUUACGUGAGCAGAAUCAAUUACCUCAUAUGAGAACAAGUUAACACACUUAAGUAAUAAUCGAUGUGAGGCGGAAUUAAAAAUAUUAAAUGACUUAAUACCAAAUAAUAAAUAAAAAAUUUAUCGAUCUCACUAAUACUUAGAUUUUAAAAAGAAUUAACUGUUCGAAAUGAGUUUAUAAAAAAUAUCUCUAAGCAAUUACUUUUUUUAUUUUUAAAAUUACUAGAUAAUAUAAAUAUAAAUAUAUAUAAACAAAUAAAUAUAAUAUUAAGAUGAAAAUUUAUAAACGAAUAAAAUUACGAGAUUUUUAGAUGAGAAGACUGGACGAACAAAGCUCACGAUAAAUUGCUUGAGAUUCGAUUAUUUGAAGUGUAAAGUUGUGUAUAAUAAUCAUUUAUUAUUGAAGAAUAAAUAUAAUUCAAUAGAAUGACUGAUUGAAAUAUUUGUUACAAUGGAGUGUAGUUUAUAUAAAUCCUCUGCUGAUAUUUAAAAUACGUAAAAUAAUGGCCUGGAAAAUAAAACUCAAAUAAGUCUUUUAUUAUUAUUAUAAUUAUUAUUAUUAUGUGUAAAUAAUUGUCACUGUAGUGAGCAUUAUAAUAUUUAUUAAUAGAUUGUAGCAGGUGAUAAAUAAAUGAUAAUAAAUGUAAAUUUUAUGUUCGAUAAAAUUAAUCACACUUGA